CCCGGCGCCCCGCGCCCCGCGCCCCGCGGCCGCGCCAUGGACGAUGGAGCGUCGACCCACGCGAGCUGCUUCCGCAGGCUGACCGAGUGCUUCCUCAGCCCCAGCUUGACAGAUGAGAAAGUGAAGGCGUAUCUCUCUCUUCACCCCCAGGUGUUAGAUGAGUUUGUAUCUGAAAGUGUCAGUGCAGAGACUGUAGAAAAGUGGCUGAAGAGAAAAAACAACAAACUAGAAGAUGAAUCGGCUCCUAAGGAAGUCAGCAGGUACCAGGACACAAACAUGCAGGGAGUUGUCUACGAGCUGAACAGCUACAUCGAGCAGCGGCUGGACACGGGCGGGGACAACCAGCUGCUCCUCUAUGAGCUCAGCAGCAUCAUCAAAAUCGCCACAAAGGCCGAUGGAUUUGCCCUGUAUUUCCUUGGAGAGUGCAAUAACAGCCUGUGUGUGUUCACGCCACCCGGAGCCAAGGAGGGGAAGCCGCGCCUCAUCCCUGCGGGGCCCAUCACUCAGGGCACAACCAUCUCCGCCUACGUGGCCAAGUCCAGGAAGACCCUCCUGGUGGACGACAUUCUUGGGGAUGAACGGUUCCCGAGAGGCACGGGGCUGGAGUCAGGGACUCGCAUCCAGUCGGUUCUCUGCUUGCCCAUCGUCACCGCCAUCGGGGACCUGAUCGGGAUCCUGGAGCUGUACCGGCACUGGGGCAAGGAGGCCUUCUGCCUCAGCCACCAGGAGGUCGCCACGGCAAACUUGGCCUGGGCCUCGGUGGCCAUCCAUCAGGUACAGGUGUGCAGAGGCCUUGCCAAACAGACCGAACUGAAUGACUUCCUACUCGACGUGUCAAAAACAUAUUUUGAUAACAUAGUCGCAAUAGAUUCUCUACUUGAACACAUAAUGAUAUAUGCAAAAAACCUGGUGAAUGCCGACCGCUGCGCGCUUUUCCAGGUGGACCACAAGAACAAGGAACUGUACUCGGACCUGUUUGACAUCGGGGAGGAGAAGGAGGGGAAGCCCAUCUUCAAGAAGACCAAAGAGAUCAGAUUUUCCAUCGAGAAAGGCAUCGCCGGGCAAGUCGCGAGAACGGGGGAGGUCCUGAACAUUCCCGAUGCCUAUGCAGACCCGCGCUUCAACAGGGAAGUGGACCUGUACACUGGCUAUACCACCCGCAACAUCCUCUGCAUGCCCAUCGUGAGCCGCGGCAGCGUCAUCGGCGUGGUGCAGAUGGUGAACAAGAUCAGCGGCAGUGCCUUCUCCAAGACGGACGAGAACAACUUCAAGAUGUUUGCUGUCUUCUGUGCUUUAGCCUUACACUGUGCCAACAUGUACCACCGAAUCCGGCACUCGGAGUGCAUCUACCGGGUCACCAUGGAGAAGCUGUCCUACCACAGCAUCUGCACGGCCGAGGAGUGGCAGGGCCUCAUGCGCUUCAGCCUCCCGCACCAGCUCUGCAAGGACGUCGAGCUCUUCCACUUUGACAUCGGUCCCUUUGAGAACAUGUGGCCGGGGAUCUUCGUCUACAUGGUGCACCGGUCCUGCGGGCAGUCCUGCUUUGACCUGGAGAAGCUCUGCCGCUUCAUCAUGUCAGUGAAGAAGAACUACCGGCGGGUUCCCUACCACAACUGGAAGCACGCGGUGACGGUUGCCCACUGCAUGUACGCCAUCCUGCAGAACAACAAAGGGCUCUUCACGGACCUGGAGCGCAAGGGGCUGCUCAUCGCCUGCCUGUGCCACGACCUGGACCACCGGGGCUUCAGCAACAGCUACCUGCAGAAGUUCGACCACCCGCUGGCCGCCCUCUACUCCACGUCCACCAUGGAGCAGCACCACUUCUCGCAGACCGUGUCCAUCCUGCAGCUGGAGGGGCACAACAUCUUCUCCAGCCUGAGCUCCAGCGAGUACGAGCAGGUGCUGGAGAUCAUCCGCAAAGCCAUCAUCGCCACGGACCUCGCCCUGUACUUCGGGAACCGGAAGCAGCUGGAGGAGAUGUACCAGACGGGCUCGCUCAACCUCAACAACCAGUCGCACCGAGACCGUGUCAUCGGCCUGAUGAUGACCGCCUGUGACCUGUGCUCCGUGACCAAGCUGUGGCCGGUCACCAAGCUGACGGCCAAUGACAUCUAUGCGGAGUUCUGGGCUGAGGGUGAUGAGAUGAAGAAGUUGGGGUUACAGCCCAUCCCGAUGAUGGACAGAGACAAGAGGGGAGAAGUCCCGCAAGGCCAGCUCGGAUUCUACAACGCCGUGGCCAUCCCCUGCUACACCACCCUCACGCAGAUCUUCCCGCCCACGGAGCCACUCCUCCAGGCCUGCAGGAAUAACCUCAGCCAGUGGGAGAAGGUGAUGCGCGGGGAGGAGAGCGCGCUCUGGAUCUCGGCGGCGCCCGUGGACGAGGCCCCCGACGCCCCGAAGCUGGAGGACUGA